AAUUGGCUGGCCCUCUGUCUCUUGUCCAGUUGUGUGACAGAGGAAAUAUGUUAAAAAAAAAAACCGGUUCGAAGCGUGAAGAGGUGAGGUCGAGUUUCCCGCCCUCUCGCCCUUGUGUUCAGUCACUGGUGGCGGUAUAUAUAGCUCGUCCCGGGCAGCUGGGAGGUAUCCUCAGCUGGUCCUCACACCGACAACAUGAAGCUUACACUCCUGAUCAGCCUGGUGGUCGUGGCCGCUGCCGCUCCUCAGCAAUCAGAAAAAGACGCUGUAAUCGUGUUGGACGAGCGAAGUGACUCCGGAGACGGAAACUUCUAUUACAACUUUGAAACCAGCAACGGAAUAGCCGCCCAGAAGACCGGAACCCCGGGCUCCGAGGGCCAGAGCAACAUGCAGGGCUCCUUCAGGUUCAAACUCCCCGACGGGACCGUCGCUGAGGUCCGCUACGUCGCCGACGAGCUCGGCUACCGCGCCGAGUCUCCACUGAUCCCCACGCCCCACCCUCUCCCCGCCCACGCCAUCGAGCAGAUCCGCGUCGCUGAAGAACAACGCCGCCAGGGCAUCACCUUCGAUAAAUAAACACGAGGACGACCUUCCUGUUGACAUACUUUUGUUAUUUUUAAAACUUGACUUCCCGAACGUU